CUUGAUUUCAGGUACCAGAAUUAUCACGAUCUCUUCAGUUGUUUGAUAAGAAACGAUAUAUCCUUUCUUAUCUGGUUACUUGGAAAGUGCAGUAUUAUUUUCAACGCAAGAAAGAAUGCCAUCCACCCAAAUUCCGUUAAAGAAAGUCAACAAGAUGACUUAUGAGGAAUUCAUACGGUGCUUUGGUAAUGUUGUGGAACACUGCAGCUUGUGUGCGGCAGCAGUUUGGAGGGAACGCCCAUUUCAUGAUGUGCAGCACAUUGCAAGUUCCUUUGGCGACUUCAUAGAUCGACUUCCAACGAGUGGCAAGGAAGGAAUUCUACGCCUGCACCCUGACCUCGCGGGAAGACUGGCACAAUCAGGUCAGCUCACAUCCGAAUCCACGCGAGAACAGAGGAGCGCGGGACUGGACAAGAUGUCAGAAGAGGAACGCCAGCGAAUGAGCGUUCUAAACAAAAGGUACAAAGAUAAAUUUGGUUUCCCAUUUGUCAUUUGUGCGAGGGAAAACAAGAAAGAUGCCAUUCUUAAAGGUCUGGAGGAGAGACUGGAAAACUCGCAACUGACGGAGGCCAUAACGGGGGCCAAUGAAGUGAAGAAGAUCUGUCGCUUACGUAUACUUGACCUUGUGAACUCUGACAGUCAGUCAACGCAAAGUUCGCUGUAAAAAUUAAUAAAUGCCUUACAAACAUUCCACAGAUAUACAGUAAAACUUGGUUAUAAGGAAGUCACAGGGUCCUUGAAUUUUGAUUUCUUACUCUUACCGCAUAUGUAACACAGUGAAAGUCUUCUACGAUAUUUGUAAAAAGAUCCAAAAACCGCGAUUUCCUUAUAAGCGAUUUCUUUAUAACCGAGUUUUACUGUAUAAAGUUUAUUCCAGCUAUGUUGGAAAUG